AUGCAAACAAAUUACGAUCAAAGUUCAAUAAAACAAUCAUAUAGAAUCAAAAGAAAACCGACGAAUAAACGUUACCGAUUACUCUUAACAUGUGUUGUCUGCAAUGGUGAAGCUCAUGGUUACAAUUUCGAUGCUAUUUCGUGUGAAUCUUGUAAAGCAUUUUUUCGUCGAAAUGCAUUAAGACCACCGGGAAAAUUAAAAUGUUCAGGUAAUGGUCAUUGUGAUAUAGGAUUCAAUCAAAAUAAACGAUGUAAAAAAUGCCGCCUAGAAAAAUGUUUUACAGCAGGUAUGCGUAAAGAAUGGAUACUAACAGAAGCACAAAAACAAGAGAAACGAAUGAAAAUUGAACAAAAUCGUCAUCUAAGACAAGUUCACGAUCACGAUCAAAGUUAUCAACAACGACGAUAUAAACAUGAUACUGAUUUAUCGGCAGACGUUCAAAAUACACCACCAACAAUUGUUGAUCGAACCUGUUUGAUUGAUUUGGAUUGGUUAAAACUUGAAUCUCUACGAAAUGCAUAUGCUGAAGCCGUUAAAUUAAAUCGAACAGCUGGUAUUUUAUCAUAUCCGUGUACUCAACCUAUUGAAUCGACAUUGGAAUUAUUUCGCGUACCACUUUAUAUAUCAUCGAUGCGUUUAAUAAGUUUUUUUAAGCAAAUACCUGAAUUUCAACAAUUCGAGAAAGAUGAACAAGUCUAUUUUGUUAAAUUAAAUACGUUAAGUAUUACAUUUUUGCAUUCAAUGUAUAUCUAUGAUUAUGAGCAAGAUGCUUAUCAUGAACCGGAUACAGCUGAUCCAUUAUUUCUUGAAAAAGAUUGGUUAAAAACAAUAAAUAGAGAGUUUCAUCGUCAAAUGAAAAACAUUCAAAAUAAUUUUUCAUUCAUACAAAAGCUCGAUGAGAACUUAAUAAAAUUAUUUUUCUUAAUUAUACUUUUUUCAAAUCAUCUCGAUUUAAAACAUCCUAUAACAAAUAUUAAUACAUUACAUUUAUUUAAAGUACAAAAUAUUUACAAUGAACUAUUCUAUAAAUAUUGUUUAUAUCAUUAUGGUUUUCGUAAAUCAUCAAUAUUACUUCUACAAUAUACAACUAAUUUAAUGAAAAUACAAAAUCUAAUUGAUGAUCUUAAAUAUACAGCAUGCAGUUAUAUGGAUUUAAAACUGUUAACACCAGUAAUGCGAAGUCUUCUGUAA